AUGAUGAUGAUGUCUCUCCCCAAAAUGAAUUUAUCUUCUCUACAACCUCACCUCCAUUUGAGCAGCAGCAGAUCAUUAGCAGUAGCUGCUCAUGCGUUUCCGAGCUCAAGCAUAAGUAGCAGAACAUCAUGCCGUGUUCGGUGCGGAUCAGCAAGAAGAAGAUUUUCCGCGAAAAGCAGCCGAAGCAGCAGCCUUGAAAAGACAGAACCUUUGGGCUUGGAGGAGAAGCAAUGGAAGAGAUAUGCUCUUGUGAGUGGUGUCUCCGUAGGGUUGAUGAUGGCUUUGGUAUUGGGAAUGCAUGCAGAGAAGGCGAUGGCUUUGGGACCAGAAGGUCCUUUGAUGGAAGAGUUUUGGGACAACGUGAGAAGGUACGGUCUUUACGCUCUCACCGUCAGCACCGGAGCUCUCUCCGCCGUCUUUGAGCCCAUCUUCGAGCUUCUCAAGAACCCAAUCUCCGCCAUUCUCAUUAUAAUCAUCUUAGGUGGAAGCUUCUUUAUUGUCUCACAAGUUGUCUCCGCCAUGAUUGGUGUCAACGAAUUCGCUUAUGAUUACGGAUAUUGA